GCUGUAUCGUCACGCACACCCACACAUCCUCACAGCCAUUACGUCAAUAUGGCAAACAAUCUGUCAAACGCGCAAUUACAACAACAACAAACGUUCGUUCGCAUUGACAGUUGGUCAAUAGAUCCAUACAGGAUUUGCAGGAUUCGUUGAAGAGGCGGUGAUUAGGCGGGACACUUAGCUAGCAAGGAUCGGAUCGGAUCGGAGGUUACUCCAAAAGUGCGCGCAAAAUGCUAUCCCAAACGCCGCCCCAUGGAUUGAAGGUGAUGUCGGGGGCGGAGGAGAACCGUCACUAUCUGCGAGCCUUCAUCCAAAUGUAUCGCGAUCUGCCCGUGCUGUGGGACACCUCACUGCGGGACUACACCAAUCGGGAGAAGCGGGCGGAGGCCUAUCUACGCCUGGUGCCCAUUUACCAUUAUCUCAAGCGGGACGCCACCGUGGAGGAUGUGAAAAAGAAGAUCAACACCCUGCGCACCAACUACCGCAAGGAACUCAAGGUGGUCGAAAGUGCCAUGCGGUCGGGCAGUCUCCACAGUCCCCGCUGCUGGACCUUCCAGGAGCUGGACUUUCUGCGCAACUCGGAGAAAUUCCUGGCCGUCAAUCCCGCCUUCAAGAACGAGCCCACCUUCUCCUUCAGCGAGGGCAGCAAUUGCACCAGUGCCUUUCUGGACGUCCAAGGCGGUGCACUGCACUAUCCUGCUCCGCGAGCCGGAGGACAAACACCCAAUAUCUCGGAGAUGUUUCACAAAUCCUUUGGACCGCCUCCACCUCCGCCGCCGGCAGGCAUCCAUGUCGAUUAUGUGACCACCAAGCGGGCCAGACAAACGCCACCCUGUCCGGGAGGUGGAGGAGGAGGAGCUGGUUCGGCGGGUGCAGGACCAGGAGCCGCAGGCACCGCCCACAACACCGACGAGCUACUAAACAUAGCCUGCGAAUAUCUAGCUGGCACCUAUCCCGAGGAGGAGUCCAUUGCCCGCACCUGGACGCAUAAACUCAAGAGAUUGCCCCGCGAACAGCGACUCCUGGCCGAGCGGUUCAUCAACGAGAUCCUGUUCGAGGCCGAGUCCAACAAUCUGCAUCGCGGCUCCGUGCAAAUCAACAACAGCUUCGAGCCCUACGUUCGCUACGAGGAGCCGGCAAAUGGCCACGAGGAGCAAGACAAAUCCCAGAGUCCCAGUGUGCACACCUCCAGCGAGUCCAAGCCCAAUGUGCCGGGAGCAGGUGGCAGCGGAGGCGGCGGAGGAACGCCUGGCAGCACCACAAAUGCGGGCAUCAGGGAGUUCUAAGUUUAGUUUAGUUACUAAGUGUUAUUAAGUUUUUAUUGGCCGAGGGGUAAAUGGCAAAUGACGAUAGCCUAACAAGGAGAAUCAACAAUAAAUAAACCUGUAAAUAA